AUGACCACUACAGCUGCACCAAGCACAACUACAGGAGGAGACACAACUGUGAUAACCAGUACAGCUGUACCAAGUACAACUACAGAAGAAAGAGGAGGAGACAUAACUGUGAUAACCAGUACAGCUGUACCAAGUGCAACUACUGGAGAAGGAGACACAACUGUAAUGACCACUACUGAUGUACCAAGUGCAACUACAGAAGAAAGAGAAGGAGACACAACUGGGAUGACCACUACAGCUACACCAAACACAACUACAGGAGAAGGAGACACAACUGUAAUGACCACUACAGAUGUACCAAGUGCAACUACAGAAGAAAGAGACACAACUGUAAUGACCACUACAGCUGCACCAAGCACAACUACUGGAGAGAAAUACACAACUCUAAUGACCACUACAGCUAUACCAAGCACAACUACUGGAGAGGGAUACACAACUGUAAUGACCUUUACUGCUGCACCAAGCACAACUACUGGAGAAGAAUACACAACUGUAAUGACCACUACAGCUGCACCAAGCACAACUACUGGAGAGAAAUACACAACUGUAAUGACCACUACAGCUAUACCAAGGACAACUACUGGAGAAGGACACACAACUGUAAUGAACACUACAGCUGUACCAAGCACAACUACUGAAGAGGGAGACACGACUGUAAUGACGACAGCAGCUGCACCAAACACAACUACUAGAGAGAAAUACACAACUGCAAUGACCACUACAGCUGCACCAAGCACAACUACUGGAGAGAAAUACACAGCUGCAAUGACCACUACAGCUGUAUCAAGCACAACUAUUGGAGAGGGAUACACAACUGUAAUGACCACUACUGAUGUACCAAGCACAACUACAGGAGAAGUUGACACAACUGUAAUGACCACUACAGCUGGACCAAGCAAAACUACUGGAGAAGGAGACACAACUGUAAUGACCACUGCAGCUGUACCAAGCACAACUACUGGAGAGGGAUACACAACUGUAAUGACCACUACAGCUGUACCAAGCACAACUAUUGAAGAAGUAGACACAACUUUACCGACGACUACAGCUGCACCAAGCACAACUAUUACUGGAGAGGAAUACUCAUCUGAAAUAACGACUACAGCUGUGCAAAUGACAGCACCAUCUGGAGAAGGAUACACAUCUGUAACAGCUCCAGGAACAACGAAUCCACCAUCAUCAACAGGUAGUACAGAAUACUAA